UUUAAUGAAUGUGGCCAGCGGUUCGAUUUCCUCAUGUCUCAUUCGUAAACAACAGAGGUCCCUCGGGGAUUUUGCUUUCUCGUUCUUUUUUAUCGGGCAUUUCUUUUUGAUUUCUUAUUUGUUUCGUUGGGGACGUCUUUCAUUUUGGUUUCCCACGCGCUCAAGGUAGAUCCUUGCACGAACCGAAGGUAGAUCCGAACAAAGCGAACAAAAGCUUGGACUUGUGCUGUAAUUUUAAAAUAUCCGCCAAAAAACCAGUCCAAUCGGAUAUUGAGAUAAAUUGUAAGGACAAUGCCAAGCGAAAUAAUAACCUUACAGUUGGGGCAGUGUGGAAACCAAAUUGGUUUUGAAUUCUGGAAACGUUUGUGUCUGGAACACGGCAUUUCACCGAAUGGUGUCCUGGAAGACUUCGCCACUGACGGUGUUGAUAGGAAGGAUGUUUUCUUUUACCAGGCCGAUGAUGACCACUAUAUACCAAGAGCUGUACUGCUGGAUUUGGAGCCUAGGGUUAUACAUACUAUUAUGAGUUCUCCUUAUGCCAAGCUUUACAAUCCGGAAAAUGUUUACCUGUCGAAACAUGGCGGUGGUGCUGGUAACAAUUGGGCUUCAGGCUAUAGUCAGGGUGAAAAAUUACAAGAGGAGGUCUUCGAUAUCAUUGAUCGUGAAGCCGAUGGCAGUGAUUCCUUGGAGGGUUUCGUAUUGUGCCAUUCCAUUGCUGGCGGCACUGGCUCCGGCAUGGGCUCUUAUAUUAUGGAACGCCUAUCGGAUCGUUUUCCCAAAAAGCUUAUACAAACCUAUAGUGUAUUUCCCAAUCAAGAUGAGAUCAGUGAUGUUGUGGUCCAGCCAUAUAAUUCAUUGUUAACUCUACGCCGUUUGACUAGCUGUGCAGAUUGUGUUGUUGUUUUGGAUAAUACAGCCUUAAAUCGCAUUGCCACGGACCGCUUGCACAUACAAAAUCCAAGUUUUUCACAAAUUAAUACACUCGUCUCCACAAUAAUGUCGGUUAGCACUACAACAUUACGUUAUCCUUCGUAUAUGAAUAAUAAUUUGAUUGGUUUGACGGCACCGCUUAUUCCAACGCCCCAGUUGCAUUUCCUAAUGACAGGCUAUACACCCCUGACAACCGACAAUGAUCAAACGGUAAAUGUACGCAAAACCACAGUGCUCGAUGUAAUGCGUCGCCUGUUGCAACCCAAAAAUAUGAUGGUUUCCACAGGUCCGGACAAGACUAAUCAUCAUUGUUAUAUCUCGAUUUUGAACAUCAUACAAGGCGAGGUGGACCCCACCCAGGUGCACAAGUCUCUGCAACGCAUACGUGAACGUAAAUUGGCACAAUUUAUACCCUGGGGUCCGGCCAGCAUCCAGGUGGCUCUGUCACGUUCCUCACCCUAUGUGCAAAGUAGCCAUCGCGUCUCUGGCCUUAUGUUGGCCAAUCACACCAGUAUUUGUUCACUCUUUGAACGUGCCUUAGGGCAAUAUGAUAAACUCAAGAAACGUGGCGCAUUCUUAGAUCAAUUCCGCCGUGAAGAUAUAUUCAAAGAUGAUCUUUCCGAAUUGGAUGAUUCACGUGAUGUGGUUGAUUGCUUGGUACAGGAAUACGAGGCAGCUACACAGCCCAACUAUUUGCAUUGGUCUGCCAAAAAGGGUCAGGGAGAAUAAGGAGAUAAUUUUGCUAUAUUAUGAGUUUUUUUACCAGUGACAAAUUUUAUUUAUAAUUUGUACGUUUCGUAUUGUACUCGAAUUUUAUUUAUGCAUGUUUUGUGCCAUCAUUUGAUCGUAUUUUUUUUAGUCUGUAGAAAUUUGCUACGAUUUUCGUUCUAUUUUUUUGUUCUUAUUCACAUUGACUUUUAAUUAAUCUGUAUUCCGUCGUUUACAGAGAGCACAAAAGCCCAGCUUUUUUUUAGAUUAUUUAGAUUUACACAAAAUAUAUUAAUAAUAUAUUAUUUUUUUAUUUGCAAGAAUUUUAAUUUGCUUCUGAUUUGAAAAAUUAUUUUUUACAUGAAAGUAAUUUUUACACUUGAAAAAACCUUGAAAACACGAAGAAGAUUAGAAACUUUGAACUGUUGUCUAAAACAAGUUUUGAUGAAUUUUCCAAUGACAGGCCAGUUGGCGUUUAGUGGGUAAUGUAUUUGCGAUGUUGUAGUGUAGGAUGGUCUGGUUACCGUUAAAUGGGCAAAACAUAAUUGAUUCGAAAAUCCAAAUUCAAAUCCAUCAAGUAAAAUAGUAUCAAUCGGUUUUGCCGACAGAUGUAUAUUUCAUAUUCAUCUUAGGUUCCUUGUUGACAGAAAUAUUUAGAGAUAGCAAGUUGUAAAGAAUCGCCGAAUUGUUUCGCAAGUUAUGACAGAUAAAAGUUAUAUUGAAAAUUGUGACACUUUGUGGGUGAGUACCUGAAGGGGUUCGCAGAUACAUAUCAUUUCCGCAACAGAUCCUGCAUUAGCAAAAAUAUUUGGCUGUGUAAAAUUUGAAGAGAGUUGAAAGGUUAUUUCGUUUUUUUUGUGCGUUUUUUUUACCAAAACUCUUGAAUCCUAUAUGGGGGAGGUACCAGAAGGAGUCGACCGGUAUAUCCCAUUUUCACACCAGACCUUGGGCUAAUAUAAAUAUUGUGAUGUGUGUUAUUUGAAGAGAACCGGAUGUUUAUUUCGGAUUUUGUGAUCGUUUUGGUUAUUUAAAACUUCGACCCUUUGUGGGAGAGGUACCAGAAGGAAUGGUCCGAUCUCUAUCAUCUUUAUAACAGAUCUUGUGUUGAUUGAAAUAUUGAGAUGUGCCAAGUCUGACCGAAAUCGGAUAUUAAUUUUAUGGACUUCAUGAAUAUUCAAAAUUUUGACCCUUUGUGGGGAAGGUACUAGAACGAGUAGACUUAUAUAUUCCAUCUUUACACCAGACUUUGGGUUAUUAAAAAUAUUGUAAUGUGUGAAAUUUGAAGACAAUCAGAUUCUUAUUUCACAUUUUAUAAGGGUUGUAAUUAUUCAAAAUUUUGACUCUGUGGGGGAGGUACUGGAUAGAGUGGACAAAUAUUGUCCAUUUUCGCACUCGCUGUAGCACUGAUGUAAAUAUUAGGAUUUGCAAAGUUGUAACAAAAUCGGAUUAUCCUUUCUCUUUCUGUGCAGUAAAUGCCAUUUUUGACAGUUUGUGGGGGAGAUACCAGAAGGAGUGGACGCAUAUUGCCCAUCUCCGAACUCGAUCUAAGUUU